CAAACAGGAAAAAGAAGAAGAAGUCGUGUUUGUCCCUCCCGGGUCUCCGUAGUGGCGGUUUUUAUUGGCUGCAGUCACAAAACAAAACAAAACAUCUUCACCAACUUCAUUAAGUUUCUCUCUCUGGCUGUUCGUUGCCAUGGAGGAGAUGACCCGCCUGGUGUCGACAGGAGACUGUGUGAAGAUCUGGGAUGCGGUUUCCAUGGCACCGCUGGAGCAGUUUAACCCACACAGCAGCAGCCACCCUGUAGCACAGGCCUGCUGGAGCUCCAACAACCAGUACCUGGUCAGUUCCAGCAGCAGCGGAGACAAACUGGUGGUUUCCAGCCUCAAAUCGACUCCGGUUCCAGUGGUGGAACUGGCCGACGGGAAAAAACAAACCCGUGUGUGUCUGAGUUCGUCAUCUCAGUUUCUGGUCAGUGGAGGUCUGGAUCACAGCGUUAACAUCUGGGACCUGAAGACCAAGAGACUGCACCGCUCCCUCAAGGACCAUAAAGAGGAGGUGACCUGUGUGUCCUUUAAUGCCAACGACAGCUACAUCGCCUCCGGUUCCACCAGCGGAGAUCUGGUCCUCCACAGUCUGACCACCAACCUGUCCAGCAAAGCAUUCGGCCACGGCAGCAACCAGCCCAUCCAUGACCUGAGGCUGUCCGGGUUAAAGCGCUCCCUGCUGGGCAGCGUGUCCGACAGCGGCACCGUGGUCCUGUGGGACUCCAACACCCAGAAGGAGAUCCACGUGUUUGACAGCGCCCAUAAAGCCCCCGGCUCCGGCCUCGCCUUCUCCCCCGCCAGCGAGCUGCUGGUGGUCAGCGUCGGCCUGGACAAGAAGAUCGUCUGCUACGACACGGCCAGCAAGAUUGUCCUCAGGUCCAUCCGGGUGGACGCUCCACUGACCUCCGUAGACUUCACUCUGGACGGUACCGGUCUGGUAGUGGGAUCCACUCAGGGGAAGAUCUACCAGUACGACCUGAGGAACUCCAGCGCCCCCACCAGGAUCACUGUGGCACAUAAAACCUCGGUCACCUGCCUGCGCUUCCAGAGCAACACCAGCAAACACAAGUCCAGUAAACUGGGCUCCACUAAGAUCGGCAGCACUAAGAGAUCCUCAACCAAGCUGUCAAACAUCCAGCCAGACCCCGCCCCCAGCACAGGCCCCGCCCCCCACAGACAGAUGACAGGUACAGGGGGCGCUGGUGCUGAGCUGAUGUCCCGGGAGGCUGAAGGCCAGCAGGGGACGGAGCAGCUUCCUGUUGUGGAGAAGUUCAGCAGCGUCGGACGAAACAGUCUGGACGUCUUCUCUCCUGCUCGGGAAGACUCUAGGACCCAGGGGACGUCUGGAGACACACCGUUUGGAAGAACACACGUUUCCAGUUUGGAGAUGCUGUCCAGAGAAGGGGAGGGUCAGCAGGUCAUAGGUCGGGCCAGUCUGGACAUCUUCUCCCCGGUCAGAGAAGACUCUCAUUCAGGUGCCAACUCGCACCGUAAGACCCCCCUGGGAACGCCCCUGGUAGCCUCUGCAGGGCGAUGCUACAGCCCGCUGUCCGUCUUCCAGACUCCUCCCCCAAUCAAAGAGGAGGAGCCAAUCCCUGCCGCAGCAGCUGAACCAUGUGACUCCAGAAAGUCGGACAAGGCCAGCAGCUCCAGUGUGGAGGGCGAGGCUCAGACUCCGCCCACAUCCUCCCAGCAGACCAAUCACAGUCAGCCGGCCCCGCCCUUCUUCACUCCAGAACCCGGCCUUAGGAGAGCCAACGGUAUUCAGACCCAGCUGAGCUAUGACUCCCCUUUACAGGGAGCUCCAGCCGCCACCUCAGCAGGUUCGGCUCUGUCGGCGGCCGUUUCCUCCUCUCUCUCCCAGAACAUCGCAGACGUGGUCGGACAGGCAGGAGCUGCUCCUCUCACCUCCCUGCAGAUCCACUUCAUCCAGAACAUGAUCCACGAGACUCUGGAGGACUUCAGGGACACCUGUCACAGAGACAUCGUCAACCUGCAGGUCGAGAUGGUCCGACAGUUUUACAUCCAGCUGAACGAGAUCCACGGUCUGAUUGAGAAAUACUCUGUGAACGAGUCUCUGGUGGAGGAGAUCGAGAAGCUGAAAGAGGAGAAUCGCAGGCUGAAGACCAACUACUGACCCUCCGAUCCACAACGGUUCUGUAACUGUCCCACCGAGUCGAGCCUCCCCCAGACCGCGUCGCCUCCCUCACUGAGGUCAGAGAGGGUUCUGGUCCCGGGUUUGGGAUGUGGUUUGAACUCUGUCAGAAUAGAGCAAGAGCAGAGGAAGCUGCCUCCCUGUUGGACUCUGCUGCCUGCUGGUUGAGGACUCUGUCCCCCCCCCCCCCUUCAGUCUGCGGAGGUGCAGCGUGAGCGCCGCAGCGUGAGCGCCGCAGCGUGAGCGCCGUGUUCUGUAGCUGAAGAACAAACAGACGGUGUAAUAAAACAUCCGUCUGAUCCUUCAGACAGAUGUUUUAUUACAUCAGCAGCCGGUUGCUUCCUGUGUGCCUCCAUCGUUUUUAAAGAAUAAAAAAGAUUCAAAUUGAAAAUAAAACAAGAACUCGUGUUUUAUUUAAAAAGAUUUCAUCUGAAACACAAAGCAGGAAAAAAUCUACUGCUGGAAAUUCAUCCGAAUCUCAAACAAACAAACUCAAUCUGGGAAUUUAGAGGUUUUCCGGUCAUGGAAACACCUGGAAAUGUUUUGUAUUUCAGCCCCUCACUCAGAUGUUUACUGGGCUGUUGGAAGGAUAAAGACUUCAGAGUGGGUUUAUCUGACUGCAGUGAUCUUUCAGCAUCCAUUCUCCAUGCAGACAUUAAUCUAUUAAUAAUCAGAUUUCUUGUUCCCUAGGUUGAUCAAUACUUCCAUCACCUGAACCUGCAGCUCAGUGCUGUCCUAUAUUGUCAACAAUACCUGGAACUUCCUGCAGUUAUUGUGUUCACAGUUGUUCUUUACUGUUGAUUAUAAUCUUUUAAAACACAUGAAACAAAUUCAGCAAGAAAUUCAAUGCUGCUCUCUAAGCAGUUGUGCGCAUGUACGGAAGCGUUUGUUCUCCGUUUUGGGGGAUUACUAUCUGCGUGUGCUGCUCUUUGGUUGUUUACUUUCUGAGCUCGUUAGAAAACGUUAAAAUAUAAAAUGAGCGUUUAACGUUGACGUUGUUAAGUUUUAUACAAACGGAGUUUUAGUUGUUUUGAAGUUCUCCAACCCGCCGUUAGCACUGUUAGCUUGCUAGCUAACUGAGCGGGUCACAAAGUGAACUUUGUCCCACAGUUGGAGCAGCUGCUGCGGAGAGCAGAGGUCAGUCCCACAGGUAAGACAGCAGCUGCUGCGGAGAGCAGAGGUCAGUCC